AUGGCUCCCAUCAAAGCUCGUCUGGUAUCCUACAUGGAACCCGCAUGGCUGAUAUCUCAAUCGAUCAAAUUCUUCUUGAUCGCCUUGAUCUUUGACUUCUUCAAGUACAAACUCGACCUAGAGGAAUUCCGGAAACUAUGGUUCUCGCGACUAUGGGCUAAGAUUGGCCCUAUGAUGGCCGCCGUGCCAUAUCAAGAACCUUACAUCUCAGCCCUGCUCGGAAGAGCAAGAGGAACCGUUCUCGAAUUUGGUCCUGGGACUGGUGAUCAAGCACGACACUACAGACCAGAACAGAUCACUCACCUAUACGGCGCUGAGCCCAAUGAAAACCUCCAUACCAAGCUGCAAAAGAACUGUGCCGCCGCUGGUCUAGAACAGUACACAGUCCUCACUUGCGGUGCUCAACCCACGUCCCUCCUUCCGGCACUGGUACGACAAGGGCUCAUCAAGGACGAGAGGAUUCCCAACGACGGCCUCUUCGACACGAUCGUCACAGUCAAAAGCCUUUGCUCAGCACCACCAGAAGAACUGAAAGCCACGAUCAAUCUUGUCCAUCGACUUCUCAAGCCUGGUGGCGAACUCAUCUUCUUCGAGCAUGUACACUCACACGAUGAUCUCCUGACCUCGGUACUUGUCUGGUUCACGGACUUCUUCUGGCCUUACCUGAUGGGCAAUUGUCGCUUGAGUGGCAAGCUUGAUGAGUACCUCGAGGGCGACCAAAGCUGGGCGGAGAAGAGUAUUUCUAACAUCAGGGAGUACAAAGGCUUCGAGCCCAUACGCUAUGUCAAAGGCUAUUGUCGAGCAUCGAGCGUGCGUGGGUGGGCUUAG